AUGAGAUUCACUUACUUCAUUUCCGCCUUCCUGGCCACGUUUGCCAUCGCGAGCCCCAUCUCUAGCAGCAUUGACGUAACCGAGGGCGCUGAUCUAGCAACCCGUGCUGACAAGGUGGUGAAUACGCCGGAGUACCAGGCGCUCGCAAAAGUCCACCCCAGCUUGAAGGUGGGAGAGUGGUACUGGGUUUAUCAAAAAGACAAGCUUGGUGCGGAGAUUUUGGAUGGCGAUACGGAGACGCUCAGCGAAUUGCAGCAGCUGCAGAAGAACCUUGGGUUUGAGCACAUCGGAGUGAUAGUAGGACAGGUUAAAUCCACUAAGAAGCCUACCAAAAAAGAUGGCACGACAACCACCAACCACUUUGAGGCUGUCUACUAUCACAUGACGAUGAACAAGGAUAAGAAAAAUGCUGCUAUGGUACACUCGCCGAAUUGGGUGGCUUCCAAGGUGGACUUUUCUAAAUCGUUCUUGGAAGACGGGGGCACGACCACCAAAAAGGGGUCUAUAACGGCGAAGAAUGAUGCUAAGGAUUACACCAACGACGAAAAGCACAAGACCUAUAGCGUCACCGAUAACAACUGCAACACCUUCGCCCAAUAUAUUCGCGCGGCGCUUACAUAG